AUGGCUCCAGCGCUGAGGCUGGGGGCGCUCCUGGGGCCCCGAGGGGCGGAAGCCAACGGGGAGGAAAAGGCCCGGAGAUGCCGCACGAGGAGGGGCUGCAAAGGCAGAUGGCGGCGAUCUGAGGGGGAAAGACCCAGCCUGGGCCGGGAAGGCGGCUGGAGAUGGAGCCAGAGCUCGGAGCUGGUGCUCCAUGAGCAGCUCCAUGCUGGGGAGAAGCCCCACACGUGCCGGGAGUGUGGGAAGAGCUUCAGGUGGAACUCUGAGCUGAUCAAGCACCAGAGGAGCCACACUGGGGAACGGCCGUACGAGUGUGAUCAGUGCAGGAAGAGGUUUAAGACCAGCUCUGAUCUCCUCGUGCACCAGCGCACGCACACAGAGGAGAGGCCCUUCCGCUGCCCCGACUGCGGGCAGGGCUUCAGGCACAACGCCCAUCUUGUCAGGCACCGGCGCAUCCACACUGGGGAGAGGCCCCACGAGUGUGGCGAGUGUGGGAAGAGCUUCAGGCAGCAUUCCCACCUGAUUGUCCACGAGAAGAUCCACACUGGGGAGAGGCCCUACGAGUGUGAUCAGUGCAGGAAGAGGUUUCGGAUCAGCUCCAGUCUCCUCCGGCACUAUCAGAGUCACACAGAGCAGAGGCCCUUCUGCUGCCCCGACUGCGGGAAGGGAUUCAGGCACAACUCCACCCUCAUCACCCACCGGCGCAUCCACACCGGGGAGAGGCCCUACGAGUGUCCCCAGUGCGGCCGGAGAUGGAGCCAGAGCUCGGAGCUGGUGCUCCAUGAGCAGCUCCAUGAUGGGGAGAAGCCCCACACGUGCGUGGAGUGUGGGAAGAGCUUCAGGUGGAGCUCUGAGCUGAUCAAGCACCAGAGGAGCCACACUGGGGAGAGGCCCUACGUGUGUGAUCAGUGCAGGAAGAGGUUUCAGACCAGCUCUGAUCUCCUCGUGCACCAGCGCACGCACACAGAGGAGAGGCCCUUCCACUGCCCCGACUGCGGGCAGGGCUUCAGGCACAACGCCCAUCUUGUCAGGCACCGGCGCAUCCACACUGGGGAGAGGCCCCACGAGUGUGAGGAGUGUGGGAAGAGCUUCAGGCAGAGCUCCCACCUGAUCCACCACCAGAGGACCCACACUGGGGAACAGCCCUAUAAGUGUAGGGAAUGUGGGAAGAGCUUCAGCCAGUGUUCUACCCUGAUCCAGCACCAGAGGACCCACACUGGGGAGAGGCCCUACGAGUGUGAUCAAUGCAGGAAGAGGUUUCGGAUCAGCUCCAGUCUCCUCCGGCACUAUUGGAUUCACACAGAGCAGAGGCCCUUCUGCUGCCCCGACUGCGGGAAGGGAUUCAGGCACAACUCCACCCUCAUCACCCACCGGCGCAUCCACACUGGGGAGAGGCCCUACGAGUGUCCCCAGUGCGGCCGGAGAUGGAGCCAGAGCUCGGAGCUGGUGCCCCAUGAGCAGCUCCAUGACGGGGAGAAGCCCCACACGUGCCGGGAGUGUGGGAAGAGCUUCAGGUGGAACUCCAAGCUGAUCAGGCACCAGAGGACCCACACUGGGGAGAGGCCCUACGAGUGUGAUCAGUGCAGGAAGAGGUUUAAGACCAGCUCUGAUCUCCUCGUGCACCAGCGCACGCACACAGAGGAGAGGCCCUUCCGCUGCCCCGACUGCGGGCAGGGCUUCAGGCACAACGCCCAUCUUGUCAGGCACCGGCGCAUCCACACUGGGGAGAGGCCCCACGAGUGUGAGGAGUGUGGGAAGAGCUUCAGGCAGCGUUCUAACCUGAUUGUCCACCAGAGGAUCCACACUGGGGAGAGGCCCUACGAGUGUGAUCAGUGCAGGAAGAGGUUUCGGAUCAGCUCCAGUCUCCUCCGGCACUAUCAGAGUCACACAGGGCAGAGGCCCUUCUGCUGCCCCGACUGCGGGAAGGGAUUCAGGCAGAACUCCACCCUCAUCACCCACCGGCGCAUCCACACCGGGGAGAGGCCCUACGAGUGUCCCCAGUGUGGGAAGAGCUUCUCCAGGAGCUCUCACUUGACCCGACACCAACGGAGGCACCGGUAA